GGCCCGUCCGCCGCCCCCCCCACCUCCGGCGCGCGGCCCUUCCGGGCGGAGGCGCCUGGCCGGGGUCCGAGGUGCUGCGCGUCCGGCAGACGAGGACGACGACCGAUCGGCGGGGCUGCAGCCGCCAUGGCGUCUGGCAGGGUCCGCGGGCCGACUCCGCGCUGGGGACUGGCCCUCGGCGGCACCGCGCUGUUCCUGGUGCUCCUCCCGGCGGCCGCCGCGCAGGGUUGUUCUCAGAACACAAACAGAACCUGUGAAGAGUGCCUGAAGAACGUCUCUUGUCUUUGGUGCAACACUGACAAGGCGUGCUUGGACUACCCGGUGACCAAAAUCCUGCCGCCCAGCUCUCUCUGCAAGCUGAGCUCUGCGCGCUGGGGCGUGUGCUGGGUGAACUUCGAGGCCCUGAUCAUUGCCCUGUCGGUGCUUGGGGGCGCCCUGCUCCUGGCCGUCGCCUGCUGCUGCUGCUGCUGCUGCUGCUACGGGAGGAGGCGGAGCCGGCGGCCGGACAAGAGCGAGGAGAGGGCUGCUCGGGAGCGAGAGGAGCGCCGGGUCCGCCAGGAGGAGCGGAGAGCAGAGAUGAAGUCAAGACACGAUGAAAUCAGAAGGAAAUAUGGUUUGUUUAGAGAAGAAAACCCAUACGCUAGAUUCGAGAACAACUGAGAUGCACUUCGUGGCACGGCAAGCGGUCUCCACGCCUUUCCUCGGGCUGUGGGUCAGCAGGGACCCGCUGCCCCAUCCGCCUCUGACCCUGGGGAGGGAAGCUGCCCUCCAGGCCCAGGCCUGGGAGCUUCUGUUCCCUCUUCUCUGAUUUCUGUAUUUAGUCACUUGAGACAUUAAGACCGUCAGGGCUUUUCUGUUGUUCGUUUGGGGAGGAAACUGCACAUCCCAGGCCUCUGCUCCGUCUGCGAGCCAGUGCAGGGCGUGUCCCUGCGUCCGGGCCCGCGCAGCUCCACGCGCAGGAAGUGAGGCGUCUGCAGUCCGUCUUGGGGCCACCCCCCAGCCCCUGUCAUUUCCCCAGAAAAGCACAGACGACUUGCCGUUGACAUCGGGGUUGGACGCAGUUGGACGAGGGUUUGCUUUCUGACCUUGACUAUACCGAAUAGCAUUGAGCCGUAGUUAAACUCACCUUACGUCUUUUUUUUUUUUUUUUAAAUAAUUCUUGGAUUUUAUUCUCCCACCUAAAAGAUUCCACCAAAAAGCUUUGCUGUCAAAGUUCAGGCCACUUAUGGGAUGAUUUUUUAGUGUGUCUCUUUACUGGAACAUCAAGAUAAUUUUCCAGUAAAAGUUUGAAUUAUAAAACCUCUCUGAGGGGCGGUAGUCGGUCAGGUGCUGGCGUGUGGAUGGCAGGGGGCGCGUCUAAGAGGCUCCGCCUGCCUUCUUUCCCGCCCCGUUGACCACAGGCCUCAGGCCCCAGGGGCGGAGUCUCCUGAAUCAGACCUUCCCUGCCGUCUGCGAUGGUCACCUAGGCUCUUGGGUGACCGCAGGUCCGCCCUCGGCAGGCCUGCACUGGCCAGGCUCCGCGGGGCCGCUGAUGGGAUCUCCACACACGACAGACGCUGGUGGUUCUCCUGCUUGGCCAACAACCUGAGCUCCGGCCCGCUCCUUUGUCUCGGCCGUGUUCUGGGAACUUCCUUCAGUGGCCACACGUGGUGGUUCCUUUUCUUCUAGAUCAAGAUGCAUGACUGCAGUAAAUGGUCUGAGCGCUUCCUGGCAGGGCCAGCAGACCGUGGAGUCACCGUGAAUGGCCUUUCUUAAAUCUGAAAAUAGUCCUAGUUGCCAAAUUGCUUUGAAUGUGAAAAUCAUUGAGCUUCAGGGAGGCGGGUGAACAAGCACAUGAAGUGAGUGAGUUCGUGCGGACCCAGCGAUCAAAGGACGUGUCAUCAAACGGUUGCACGCGCCUUGUUAGCUACACAGAUCUGUUUGAUUUAACAAUUCUACCUUUAAGUUUCACAAACAACCUUUAACAAACUCUUUAGUCUUAUUUCUCUGGUUUCUUGGGCAUUUGAUAGCAAUGAAAGUAUUAUGAAACAUUCCUAAGUAUUUUAUAACAUUUUGCAAAUUUUUACUUUCUACUGUUUGUUCAUAAAAGAAACUUUGUGAUAGACUUCAGUGAACUUUGUAUUAACACGGUAGUUCGUGUGGAUGUAAAAUCACUCUCUUGACCUGAGGCUGCCGAGCUGAAAGCAGAGCUGGGUUGUGAGCGCGAGUGGUUAGAGUGAGGCGUUACGGCGGGCGCCGUCCUCCCACAGGGCACGGAGCCCGCCCCGGGAGCGUCGCUGUAGUCAUGAGCUUCUGAAGUGGUACCAAGCAGCCAAAAACCGUAACCUCACGGAGACCGUAAGCCUGAGUGCCUUAAUCUUUAACCAGUUUCCAAUCAGCAGAUUAAUACACGCUUUUGUUGACGAUG